UGAUAUAUCACUGAUAAGCCACAUUGCCUUAUCUUGCGCUAUCUUGGCCACCAACCACAGCUGCGUACAAGAUUAGUCCUUCCCUAACCUGUCUAACGUCUAUCCGGCUUCAGCUCCACUCCAGACCUUAAAAAUCAGAAAUAGAUGAACUUGAAAGAGAAGGCCAGAAGAAAAUGGAAUUUGGGGUGGUUGAGAGACAGGGAGAUGGUGGUGAGAGAAGGAGACGUAGGAGAGGAUAUAGCCACAGUCAACAAUCCUCUCCUCUUCCCCGUUGCUGUCAUCGAUAUCCUGCUGAUAGCUACUCUCUGCGCCCUCAACUACUGUCUCAGGUAUGACCCCAAGGUGCGUGAGGCGAGCAGCAUGGUGAGCUGGGCGGGCGUGAGGCUGCCCUGCACGACACUGCCCACCCUCUCCUACCCUCGCUACACCCCUCUCAACCACACCCUCACUAGCCGUGUGACAUUCGCUCUUCCGGACUCUGUUUUCUUCAGCUGCGCCAUCGUCGUUCCGUGCUGUUUGGUCCUCUUGGUGGAGGGAGUGAGGGCGGUGUUCCCCAGCCGCAGGAUCAAGGUGGUGGAGAGCUGUGGGUUCCGUUUUCUCCUUCCAGUCCGUAGGAUCCUACGCUUCCUUUGUAACUUCCUGCUGGGGGGCUCGGCGACUGGGGUGUUGGUGUCGGUGGUGAAGCUGCUGGUGGCGUCCCCGAGGCCCUACCUGCUGGCGGUGUGCAGUCCCAAGGGCAACGAACUCAGCAGCAUGUGUCAGCAUGACCUCGUCUGGUCGCCCAACACUGUGUGUAGUGGAGACUCUGGUGAGGUACACGAGGCACUUAGAGCCUUUCCCUCCUACCACGCCGCCCUCGCUGUCUACUGUGGGAUGUGGACGUGGGUGUACUACUCGAGAACUGCCAAGGUUCCUGGCAUGUACGGCAGCUCCCUAGUGAUGGUAGGCGCAGUCUUAGUCAUGACGGCGAUUGGCGCCUCUCACGGUAGCCUCACCUACCAGUCAUCUUGUACAGACGUCGUCGCAGGCGGGCUCAUUGGUGCUGUCUCUGCUCUGUAUAUGGUGUACGGCGUCCUCAACGGGUUUAAGGAACACAAGUGGCGUAUGAAAGUCAAGUCCCUGGCAGGUGUUCCCGACCACCCCAACCUGCUUUCUGUCGCUCCCCUCAAAGGCUCUCCUACGCCAGCCAAACAGCAGGUGGUGCCGACGAAGGUCUGGGAGAGGAAGUCGAGUCUCGGGGAGGACGACUCCGACGACAGCUUCGGGUACAACAACUUGGCUCUCAUCAGCGACGAGUUCCCCUUCAUCCCUCGGGCUACCACAGCCGUCAGGGUUCGCAGCAAGCGGUUGGCGUCUGCCAGACCUGCAGCUCAGGCCAUCAACUCUACCGUGCUCGCCAUCACAGCUCCUCCGCCUCCACCUCCUCCACCUCCCCCUCCUCCUCCUCCUCCUCCACCGCCACCACAACCCAAAGGGCAGCCCCCUAACUACUCCAGGCCAUACCCUUCCCCCUGGGCCACUACCGCCGUCGGCCGCUACAACGUCCCCAGGCAGAGGUACUCGGCGCCUGCCCCGAUGCCCACCAUCCAGACGUACCAUCCGUCGAGGACCCUGCCCCACAGCCAUGCCCAUACGAACCUCCUCUUCGCCUACCAGACCCACGACUCUGACAACAAGCCUCGGGCCAGGACCGAGACCUCCUCCUACUUUUGAUUUCGCGGUUCCUGCGAACUUUAUGGCGGGGUUGGUUUUUCAGGGGCUGAUUCAUCCUCGUGGCUGCUAGAGAUAUGUAAGCGUGUUAUAUUAAUUCAGGAUAUAUAUAUUUAUUAGGGGGAGUAACUUUAUAUACAUGAACUCCCGUAAGUAGACCUACAUUCAAGUAUAUACAAUAUGCUAGGCUACAGUCAUUCAAGUAUAUACAAUAUGCUAGGCUACAGUCAUUCAAGUAUAUACAAUAUGCUAGGCUACAGUCAUUCAAGUAUAUACAAUAUGCUAGGCUACAGUCAUUCAAGUAUAUACAAUAUGCUAGGCUACAGUCAUUCAAGUAUAUACAAUAUGCUAGGCUACAGUCAUUCAAGUAUAUACAAUAUGCUAGGCUACAGUCAUUCAAGUAUAUACAAUAUGCUAGGCUACAGUCAUUCAAGUAUAUACAAUAUGCUAGGCUACAGUCCCUCUCUCCCCCUCCCCUCCCAGAAACAAACAACGAUUGCCUUAUAUAUAAAGUUACUCUUAAUUAUUUAAUUUACCAGUCUGUAAUGCUCUGUUAUACAGUAUGUGACCAUAAUGAUUACAAUUCCUUCUUAGUCAUUACAGGCACUGCAAUAUGAUCUACUAUAUAUAUGCUGUACAUGUCUGUAAUAUUUCACUUGAUACUAGUACAAACUUUGCUCUAUAAUGGGCAGCAAGUUGCUGAACAAAUCAACACAGGCGGGUGAUGCAGAUUUGGCCUCCAAUAUUGUUCUUAUUAGUAUGAAAUAAAUUAUUGUUGUUUCUUA